GGACGCGCAACUAAACACAGAUCCCUAGAAACACUCUAGGAUUAGCAGCCGCAGUGCCUUCAUAAAAUUACAAGUGUGCGAAAUUCAUUGAAUCGAUAGCUGAGGCCAGUCGGUGACGCCGGGACGAAGCAAAGCAGUGCAAUAUAAAGUGUGUUAGAAAGUUACAGUUGGAGCACAAAUGAUAAAGGGCAGGCUAUUUAAGGGCAUUUAAUCGCCAGGUUGCGGGAUAAUUUGAGGAUUGAUGGAGUGACGUCAGUACGUACCUUGAUAGCAGAGUAAUCUCCUUGUGGACGGUCUAAUCUCAGAGGGAAAUGGGCACGUUUCUACUCAGAUGUGGGUACUCGCUACAAGCACCGUGCUAACGUAUCAGUAAACAGCUCCCGGAAUGAGUAAAGCGAGAAGUAAAAUAAAAACUCUUUAAUAGCAGGCUCUGCGCGGCUCCUGAACUCCACUGUGCGUUUCCGUGCAUCUAAGAGUGGAUGUUCAGAACACUGGACGCUUCUUCCUACAACGGCCUCCUCCAUCCUGAAGGUUAAAAAUCGACUGGAUUAACAAGUCAACGGACAGACAGCAGGGAGAAACUCCAUUUACAACGAACCAACUUAGAAAGCUGACAUUAAUCAAACCUCCGUCGAAGCUCCGAGUAACAUAUACUUUGCAUUAUCCUUCUAAAUUCCACCGUCUACUUCUGCGUUUCACAUUAUUUAAUCAUAUAUAUAAUUUAUAUCCUAAAACGAGACUGUAUGGAGUAGAUUUCUUCCACAAUCAACCCAACUGGUAUUGAAUCAAUCUAUAUUAUAUAUAUAUAUAAUGAAUGUAAUUACAUUGUUACUCACCGGAUUGUCUCUAUCUGGGAAACUCCACUGGCUUAGUGGACUCGAAUACGAUUACUCUUAUGAUUAUUAUGAUGAAGAAAAGGCGGAGGUCAUUGAUUAUAAAGACCCGUGCAAAGCUGCUGCAUUUUGGGGAGAUAUUGCCUUAGAUGAAGAAGACUUGCAACUGUUUCAGAUUGAUCGGACAAUUGAUUUAUCAAGACACGUGUUAGACAGAAUUGGACACACAACAGGUGGUUCUGGAGAACACAGAGUUUCUAAAAAGAAAGGAACAAUUUAUCAACUUAUAGAUCGGAUACUAAGAUUGGGAGCAGAUAGUGAUCAAAAUGCAACUGACAGACAAAACAACAACUCAGAAGCCUUAAGUCGGAUUGAGAAGAGUAGAGUUCCCAGAGCUGCAACAUCACGAGCUGAGAGAAUAUGGCCAGGAGGUGUCAUCCCAUAUGUCAUUGGAGGCAAUUUUACUGGCAGCCAGCGGGCAAUGUUCAAACAGGCCAUGCGGCACUGGGAGAAACACACAUGUGUUACUUUCAUCGAACGAGCAGAUGAAGAAAGUUACAUUGUCUUCACGUACAGACCAUGUGGGUGUUGCUCUUAUGUGGGAAGACGUGGUAAUGGUCCUCAGGCUAUCUCCAUUGGCAAAAACUGUGAUAAGUUUGGGAUUGUAGUUCAUGAACUGGGCCAUGUGAUUGGAUUUUGGCAUGAACAUACAAGACCAGACCGAGAUGAUCAUGUGACCAUCAUUAGAGAAAACAUCCAGCCAGGCCAGGAAUACAACUUCCUCAAGAUGGAACCCGGUGAAGUGAACUCCCUCGGGGAAGCAUAUGACUUUGACAGUAUUAUGCACUAUGCUAGGAACACCUUCUCAAGAGGAAUGUUUCUGGAUACCAUUCUCCCUGGACGUGACGAAAAUGGCAUAAGACCUGCCAUUGGCCAACGUGCACGUUUAAGUAAAGGAGACAUUGCACAGGCAAGGAAGCUGUAUAGAUGUCCAGCUUGUGGAGAAACUCUUCAAGACUCAACUGGUAAUUUCUCAUCCCCAGGAUUUCCUAAUGGAUACCCUUCAUACACACAUUGUGUCUGGAGAAUCUCAGUUACACCUGGUGAAAAGAUUGUUUUGAACUUUACAACCAUGGAUCUCUUCAAGAGUCGCCUGUGCUGGUAUGACUACAUAGAAGUACGAGAUGGCUAUUGGAGAAAGGCGCCACUUCUUGGCAGAUAUUGUGGCGAUAAACUGCCUGAAGUUCUGACUUCGACUGACAGCAGGAUGUGGAUAGAAUUCCGUAGCAGCAGUAACUGGGUAGGAAAAGGUUUUGCGGCAGUCUAUGAAGCAAUUUGUGGUGGUGAGAUCAGUAAAGAAUCGGGACAGAUCCAGUCUCCUAACUAUCCAGAUGACUAUAGACCAAUGAAGGAGUGCGUGUGGAAGAUAACAAUGUCUGAGCACUACCACGUAGGAUUAAUUUUUCAGGCCUUUGAGGUUGAAAGGCAUGACAAUUGUGCCUAUGACUAUUUAGAAGUCCGAAAUGGCAAUAAUGAAAAUAGUCCUUUAAUUGGGCGUUUCUGUGGCUACGACAAACCAGAAGACAUCAAAUCUACUUCAAAUACUCUCUGGAUGAAGUUUGUUUCUGAUGGAACAGUUAAUAAAGCAGGAUUUGCAGCAAACUUUUUUAAAGAGGAGGAUGAAUGUGCCAGACAUGACAAUGGAGGUUGUGAGCAGCAAUGUGUGAACACUUUGGGCAGUUAUAAGUGUACCUGUGAUCCAGGGUAUGAACUUGCAGCAGACAAGAAAAGUUGUGAAGCUGCCUGUGGAGGACUCUUGUCAAAGCUAAAUGGAACGAUCACCACACCAGGCUGGCCUAAAGAAUAUCCUCCUAAUAAGAACUGUGUUUGGCAAGUUGUGGCUCCUACCCAAUACAGAAUUUCAAUGCAGUUUGAAUUUUUUGAAUUAGAAGGCAAUGAUAUAUGCAAAUAUGAUUAUGUUGAGAUCCGCAGUGGCCUUUCAUCCGAUUCCAAGCUUCACGGGAAGUUUUGUGGUACUGAAGUGCCUGAAGUUAUAACAUCCCAAUACAAUAAUAUGAGGAUUGAAUUCAAAUCUGACAAUACUGUUUCAAAGAAAGGAUUCAAGGCCCACUUCUUUUCAGAUAAGGAUGAGUGUUCCAAAGACAACGGUGGCUGUCAACAUGAAUGCAUCAAUACAGUAGGCAGUUAUGUGUGUCAGUGUCGAAAUGGAUUUGUACUACAUGAAAAUAAACAUGACUGCAAAGAAGCUGAAUGUGAACACAAGAUCUACAGUGCCACUGGUAUCAUCACCAGUCCCAAUUGGCCAGAUAAAUAUCCUAGUCGCAAAGAAUGUACAUGGGAGAUCUCAGCAACUCCUGGCCACAGAGUGAAGAUAACUUUCAAUGAAUUUGAGAUUGAACAACACCAGGAAUGUGCUUACGAUCAUCUAGAAGUGUUUGACGGAGAGACUGAUAAAUUUGCAAUUCUGGGACGAUUCUGUGGCAGCAUCAUACCAGCUCCUGUCAUCUCUACUGGAAACAAGAUGUUUAUCAGAUUUGUUUCAGAUGCAUCUGUACAAAGGAAAGGUUUCCAGGCUACCCACUCCACUGAAUGUGGUGGGAGACUGAAGGCUGAAAUAAAAUCCAAGGAUCUGUAUUCCCACGCUCAGUUUGGAGAUAAUAACUACCCAGGCCAAGUGGACUGUGAGUGGCAGAUUAUAGCAGAAGAAGGCUAUGGGGUGGAGUUAUCAUUCCAGACAUUUGAAGUGGAAGUGGAAGCUGACUGUGGCUAUGACUUUAUUGAACUGUUUGAUGGGUUUGAUACCACAGCUUCAAGGCUUGGACAAUUCUGUGGAUCAGGGCCACCUGAAGAAAUCUAUUCAGCAGGCAAUGCCAUUUUACUUCAUUUCCAUACUGAUGACACAAUUAACAAAAAGGGAUUCCAUAUACGAUAUACAAGUACAAAGUUCCAGGAUGCCCUUCACACCAAAAAGUAAUCUGAUCCUCAAUACGAUUUCCUUUCUCUUUUUUUAACAAAAGCAAAAAUAACCUGAACUAUUUUAUAAUGACAGUAUAGUGAGGAACUGAAGAAAAUAAAUUGUUGAGUUGACUGUGUGAAGGUGAAGUAUUCCAGUGGAAGAUUCAAUGAAAACUCGAAGUGCAGGCUAACAGUUAGUCUGGGAAUUAAACUGCAGUAACAGAAUACUACCUUCCUGCAGGAUCAUUAUAAAGGUUUAUGUGCUGUGUCGGCUUUGGUCACUAAAGGCUACAGAGUUUCACUCAGUGAAAAUACCCCUGUGCAGAGUACUCUUCAUCUCAGCCACCUACAAUAUCCAUAGGAAUGAACCUACGUCGGACCAUUACGAACUUCUCUGUGUAUCAUUCACAGAUUUAUUUUGUCAGGCACACAAGGACAUUAAAAGGAUGAAAGAUGUAUUCUAGUGUACUGUUCAAUUUUCAACAUGUGGUUUAACAAUAUAAAGGCAAACCAUUUACUGCAUAAUUUAUGGAGUUCUACAAUUCUUUUGCCCUUUUUUUAAACUAGAUGUCUUUACUGACUGUAUUAUCUGUGAUCAUGUCUCUCUGUUACAUGACUUCAUGCAGAUGAGCACUGUAGCAAACUGUGAAUUCCUUCAGUACCAAAAACAGAUUUAAGAGCAUUGAAAAUCCUGAUAGCAUUUUCUAUAUUUUGCUAUUGGAAUGUUCCAGGAUAGUUUUUUUAUAAUAUGUGUUGGUAGUUUGCACUUAGAAUGAUAUCAUGAGGCCUGCUUUCAGGCUGCAGCUAUUCUAUGCGUCUCUGGACUGUAUUAUGUAAAUCACCUGAAGUUGUAAGCAUAUGAAUUGUAUGUGUAUGAAAAUUAAAUUAAUAGAUAACCAGAUAAACAUAGUGUUUAUAUAAUAGAAUGAGUAAAAAGGUCACAGAAUUUAAAAAAAAGAAAAAUUGCUAACUACAAUUCCUUUACAGUAGCUUUAUAGCUAUUCCAUGUGCUAAAAAAUCUGUAAUUAAACUGUUGAUAAUUUUAAGUGCUACAAUUUUCAGUGAGUGGGGCAAAAUAGGAAGGUUAAAUGUGUAAACCAUAUUCCCAUUUUUCAAGUUCUACUUUGGGAUACUGGGAUGUCUUCUUAAAACUGUGGAUGAACCAAAACUGAAGAGAAGAAUUAAACCCUGGAAGGAUGAAAAAGGCUAAGAAAAUGUAAUGUAAAACAGAUUUCUUAUGGUGCUACUCCAUGUUCAGAAGCAUUUUGGGUUUAUGAGCCAACAAUCUUGAGAACCUUGUAUGAUUGUCAAAACUAGUUCAGGCAUAAGCAGAAGGACAAAGACAAAUAUCAGCUUUGACAUAAGAUGAAGUCAUCAUGCUACUAAAGCAUAGGCCUGUGGAGACUGAAAUAAUUAAUGCCUUAGAAUGAUUCAUUGUAAAUCCUUGCACAUGACAAACAAAUCUUUCUGUGAAACAAAGCUUUGACUAUGUGUUUCAAAAUAAUUGAACAACUUGAACUUUUUUCUUAUUUUUGCCAUGUAAAAAGGUUCAUACAGUCAACCUGUUUAAAAAUUACGCAAAAAUGAAAUGUUUCAAUUUAGUUGAUGUACAGACAUGCUGAGUAGCCUGUUUCUAGACUGGUGAUUCAAGGUCUAGCCAUUCUUUUUAUGUUCCACCAAGGGAUCCAUAAUAUUGGACAUUUAGUAUGACAUAUAUUCAUUAUUAUGUGUUAAUUUACAAAGGCAUUAUAAGGCAAGUUUCAACUUUUGUGUUAUGGCUGAAUGGUGAAAAUAUUACAGUAUGUGCCAAGUUCCACCUGAGUCUGUUUUGCUGUAGCUUAUUUGUUCUUUUUGUUUCAUUUUUGCUGUUGUUUAUAACCAGAACAUUGUGGCUUCUGAAGCUUCUCAUUAAAGGUUCUUUCAGGUCAAGGUUCAGGAGUAAAAUCAAAUCUCAUUGCAGGAGAUGUUACUUUGCAAUGUUUUUCACACAGUAGAUUGCUACUUAAGUUAGCAGUAAUUAAUCUAUUUGUAUCUGUAUUAUAUCCUAAGCCCAUGAAAACAUCACUAGCACUAAUAAAUAUGUUUCUACAAACA